CUACGAGCCACGCUUAUUAUCACUAGGUUUCCCUCGUGUCGUCUCGAUGUCGGUCGCUCUCCAACAUUCACCACGGAUAGCCAGUGGGCUAUCCGAGCAGAAAAAGAUAUCGAGGGGAUCACCAAGCCGUCGGAUGUCUUUUGGCAGCUCGCCAAUUUGAAUGAGAGUGCUCCUGAGAACUCAGGCAAUGUCUACCUCGGCGGUCAGAACUACACAUGGUGCUGCCUCAAGGCCGUUGAAGCCGGGUUGAAAAUCCUCGAGAACGGCACACUAGUCAUUCACAACAAUUCGAUUACCAAUAUUAGCGUCUUGACAACCGGUGAUCUUCGGAGCGCCGCCAAUCGAAGUCAGUUUCCAUGCGAUGCCAAGUAUAACGAUGCGCAUCUUGGUGGUGCACCUGAAGUACGAGUCCAGUACGAAUGGUUCAUCAAGACCUGUCCGGGUUGGUCUCUUAGCGACAAGUCUAACUUGAACGCCUGGCUUCAUUCACUCUCGGGUUUCUUGGUACCAGCAGUUGUUUUCUGCUUAUCAGUGCCUAGGCGUCGCAAACUUCAUGUUCCUCGCCACUUAUUCACAGCGGACAUUGGCGGCAUCAAAAGCAUCAUCCCAGCAAUUCUCGGUGCUAUCAUAGCAGGCUUAAUUGUCACAGUCGACACGAUCAUAUGGCUCUCCAUCUGCUUCGCCUUCGCCGGCCCCAUGAUUCUCAGUGGUCUUUACGAGGCGUUUUUAGACAACCGGGUUCUAGAGUUCCUCCGGAAUAAAAUCAAUAACAAGCGCUUGACGCUCGACAUGCGUUGCCGCUGUCUCAUGUUGAUACUCAUUGGAAACCUAGAUCUCGCCUUAUCGCAACCCCCUGUUGCUGUUGACCAACAGCGUAGAGAUGUAGAAACAGCUACGGAUGGAGCCGAACCUCAAUUACAUCAACCACCAGCCUCGACCGAUACCACGUCCAUUUCCCUUCCGACUCGGAGCAGUGGACAGCAACCCUCCGUACAACCAAGUGCCAGUAGCGGUUCCAUGAUGAGAGGGCUUCUACGUCAAACCACAAGUCACUUGACGGCAUCCCCGUGGCGUCAUAUGGAAAACAUACUUGACGGUCUUCGGCUUUAUGAUGAUGAUCUUGAUCCCGACAAUGUGUCUCCUCGUCAGUGGGCUAGACGUGGUCAAAGAGAGUUGCCCCGAACACGAGAAACCGACCGUUGCAUUAUAAGGACGAAAACCCGACUACGCACUAUGCUUCACUGCCAGUAUUCAUUUGGGUCCAUUGUUGGAGCACCCGUGAUAUUCUUCAUUGGAGGAUUCAUCUUCUCCUUCCUGACAAGCCUCGACGAACUUGGCGACGAGAACAUCGCCGAAUCCAUCGCCUUUGGAUCUUGGUACAUGAUCAUUCCUCACAUUGCCAUCAUUUCUGGUCUACUACUCGCAGGCAAUAAUCCGAAUAUUCUCGAAGGUGUUCUAGCCACAGAGCGUGACCCCAAAACCCCCGAAGACCCAAAGGAAGUCUUCGGCUUCUUACGCUUCGAUCUUGUCUAUCCCAGUUGCUACAAAGUAGCUUGGCAAUGGCUGCGCGGUCACACUAAGAAACGAUGGAUUGAGAAGCUUCUUGCCGUCUAUAGUGGAAACAUCGACAUUGAUUACGAGAAUGACGAAGACAUCGAUGGAGAUAUGAAGGACCUACGAAACACCACCACUUUAUCGCUGCUCGACUGGUUUGUUCUGCUCUUUCUUACCUUGCUGCUGGUUGGGAUCCCUUACUUGUUCGCGUUCAUGCUGGCAUACUUUACUCCUCAAAUUGGGCUAUCCUGUCGCUCCUUGACGUUUCUGGUGUAUUUCGGUCUCCAGAUUGCACAGGUCGGUCUUUGGCUUUGGGCCUAUGUCGGUCCUCCAGGCAUUAUCGAGGGACAUACAAACGUCAUCAAUGCCACCAUCGACAUCAACGGUAAUGCCAACGCCGCGAAUCCCGUCAAUCUCGCCAACGGCACUCACAAUACCAGAAAUAUGAGUAACAUGAAUAUGACCAACAAAACCAACAGCACCGCCAACACCGCGAACGACCAUCAUCGGGGCGUGUUUGGGAGAGGAGGAUGGCUAGACAAGCGAGGCUUCUUUGAUCCUUCGAGAGCUCCAUGGCAUGCAGAUCCGCGACCGCCCAGGAUCAAUUCCGAUCCCGACUCGAACUCUGUGUCCAAGUUUAGACUUUUUCUAAAUCACAUGAAAAGGCCAAGAUCCGAUGUUCCACACAAAUACUGGUUCUUGUUGUGGUUCUUUCUCUACUACUCAUUGCAACUCAUUUUCGGACUGGGUGCCGUCUUCGUCAGCCUCGGGGGCACUUUGAUGCAAAUCAUGGGUGUUUACCGCACCAACAUGUGUUUCAUUAACGCGCAUCACUGGUUGGAGCCAAAAGAGAGACGGCCGCCGGUCGUGCUGUCGGUCAACAGCCGGGCGAUGAUUAACUCUGCUACCACAUACUGGGAGCCAGUCGCCAUCGCCGCCAUAGCCUUCAUGGCGGUCGUGAGCUUCGUAGGAUGGUGGUACCAGCGACGUAUGCGCGAUGUAUUCGGACAAUUUUAG